AGCGGCGCCCUGACGAGGGCCUCUUGUCCGUUGAAGGUGAUAAAGGCCCUGCAGUCAAAGCACCACUACGGCGAGGGAGAAGCCCGCGCCAUCUGCGAUAAGGUGCAGGCCAAGCUCCUCAAGGAGUGUCACGAUCCCGCCAAGAUGUGCAUCACGGACCUGCGGAUUUCGCACUGGGAGGAGGCCAUCCAAGAGACGAUCGGGGGGGAGGCGAACCGAAACCUGGCCGCCGAGUGCUAUUUCCUGUGGAAAACGACCCGCCUCCAGCACCUCACCCUGGGCGAGGACACGAGGGGCAUGCUCACCGAGCUGCGGAAGGUGGUCCGCCUGCUGCUCCUGACCAACGGCGACAAGCAGACGCAGAGGGAGAAGAUCGAAGCGUGCGCCUGCCAGCCCUACUUCGACGCCAUCGUUGUGGGGGGAGAGCAGAAGGAAGAGAAGCCGGCGCCAUCCAUAUUCCAUUACUGUUGCGAUCUCCUGGGGGUGCAGCCCGCAGAGUGUGUGAUGGUUGGCGACUCUUUAGAUACAGAUAUUCAAGGAGGCCUGAAUGCUGGCUUGAAAGCAACUGUCUGGUUAAACAAAGCCAUGACAACCCCGGUAGAUACCUUUCCGGUACCUCAUUACAUUAUUUCUUCUGUUCUGGAUCUUCCAGCAGUUUUACAGAAGAUGGAGCACAAAAUGAAUGCUAAGUUAGGAACUGACCAUACGGCUGGUACUGAUGAAGCACACUGA